CGCCGUGGUUGCUCAUUGCUGGAGGGGGAUUGAGGGACGCCCUCACUUUGCUGCAGGCAGGGCUGGGGCUACAGGCCAGGCACAGCGGUGACAUCGGGCCGUGUAUGGGCGGGGCUAUGCCGACCAGACCACGCCCCUUAGCGCGAGACCACGCCCACUCCCACGUUGCCACGCCCACCUCCCCGUGCCGCGCAGGGCACGCCGGGAGCUGUAGUGCGGGCGGUGCCGGAGCCGCGGCCGCCAUGUGUCGCUCCGCGGCGGUGCUGGCGCUGAGCUUGGCGCUGCUCUCGGCCGCCGCCGCCGCCUGGGACCUGUGGGCACUGAGGGCACUGCGCUGCAGCUUCACGGAGGACUGCGAGUGCGGCUUCGAACCCGACCUGCGCGGUCUGGAGUGCGAGCUGGCCGUGACCCUGGUGGGGCAGCCCCUGGUGAGGCAGCAGCUGAUGAAGGGACUGAGGCGGUUCCUGGAGAAGCGCAGCCCGGAGAAGCCCCUCGUUAUGUCCUUCCACGGCUCCACCGGGACGGGAAAAACCUUCGUGAGCUCCAUGCUGGUCCGGCACCUCUUCCCCGAGGGGCUGCAGAGCCGCCACGUCCACCAGUUCUCCCCCAUCGUGCACUUCCCCCACGCGGAGCACGUGGAGCGGUACAAGGAGAACCUGAAGCACUGGAUCCACGGGAACUUGACGAAGUGCGGACGGUCGGUCUUUCUCUUUGAGGAGAUGGACAAGAUGCACCCGGGCCUGAUUGAUGUGAUCAUGCCGUUCCUGGGACCCUCGUGGGUUGUGUAUGGGACCAACUACCGCAAAGCAAUCUUCAUCUUCAUAAGCAACGCAGGAGGAGAGCAGAUCAAUGAAAUGACACUGGAUCUGUGGCGUGCCCACCGGGACCGGGAGGAGAUCAGCCUGCAGGACAUGGAGGCAGCCAUCUCCAAAGCCGUGUUUGAGAACCCUCAGAGUGGAUUCUGGAAAUCUGGGAUUAUUAACGAACAUCUCAUUGAUUUUGUCGUGCCCUUCCUCCCCCUGAAGCACCACCACGUAAAGCAGUGUGUCAUCAAUGAACUUGUGCAGCAAGGGUUAGAAGUACGCCAGGGUGUUGUCCAGGAGGUGGCCGACAGCAUCCCCUACUUCCCAGAAGAAGAGAAAUUAUUUUCAUCAACAGGAUGCAAAACUGUAGCCUCUCGGAUCAGUUUUUUCUUCUAGCCUUGCUCAGAUCCGUAUGGGGCUGUAAAGCUGCACACUGGUGGGAUGAGCACCAGGAGCUGCGUGCUGCCAUGCAGUAGCACAAAUGCCCUCCUGCUGAAUUUGUCUUUCCAGCCCCAAGGGCACUAUUGCAGAAUGCAGCUGUGGGAGCAAGUGAUUUGGUUUACAGCACUUUAUUGUUUAUUCUGUGGCCAGGUGCAGGUGGUUAUGCCCAGCCUGGUGCACCACUCAAGUCGUACCUGUGAUGAAGAAGGGAAGAUGUCAGGAGAGACUGCAGUGUCAGGGAGGCUUCUUACCCUGUCAGCAACACCAAUCUGCAGCUCUCUCCUCUUCUGGCAGCUUCUGUUAUCCAAUGCAUGAAGAUUCUGAGCCCAAAAAGGAAUUAUUUUUUUUAAAUACAUUAUUUUAGCAUUUUUAAAAGCCAUCUUUUAAGCAUGGCAGUACCUCAGUUCCUUGGUACAAUGUGACAGUGCUGGUGCUGACUGCUGCGUUGCUGGCUGGUGAACACCCUCAACAUUACCCUCUUCAUUGAAAGGAAAUUUUAGAGCCAACUUCUUCCCAGUUUCCUUUCACUGUGAAUAGGUGCUGGUAGGGAGCACCAACAAAAAUAGGGACACAACGAGGGAAUAUGGCAAUGCUCAGCCUGCCAAGAACUCAGCUUCCCUACUUGUCCUUCUGCCCAUCUUUCCCCCAAGGUCCAAAGGAUUUCUCUGCAGCAAACCAUGGAAAUGAAAAAAACAGGACUUACCUACAAAAAAAAAAAGUUCAUUCCUACCUCCAGAGGAGACUGGUGACACUGAUGGUUUUUAACAAUACUUUAUUCAGUGGUAAUUUCUACAGCAGGCUGAGGAAUUGGUGCUAUGAGCUCUUGAGCUUCUUUGACGUCCUUCUGCUGGUCAGACCUUGCAGGCACUGGAAGAACCAGCUCUGCUCAGCUCCACAGGGGUGCCACUUACGUGGGGACCUGAGGACAAGAUAGAGAAGUUUGUACUCCACGCUGUCAAGCAUGGUGGGUGUAUGGCACUGCUGGCCUUUGUCCAUUUUAAUCUCUGCAGUCGGUUACUGGAGCACAGGUCAGAGAAUCAUUCCUACUGUGAGAACGAGCUGCCUGAGGGGGUUGUGUGAAUGGGGACAUGGCUGAGGGUCCCUGAUGUUCCUCUCGUGCCCUGGGCUGAAAUGAGCUGCUAACACUCAGGACCAUUCCAGCCUUCCUCCAGCUUCGUGGGCAGCCAUUGGAGGAACAGCCUAAAUGCAGCCUGGGAGCUGGUCCAUGUACAGACCAUCCUGCCUGCAGAAAUGGUAGCAUUUCUAAUUUUAAAAUAAAUCUUUUAUGAAAUAAAUGGUUGAGGAACAGUCAUUUGCUUGGAUUCCUAACAGCAGCUAUCGUGGACAGAGUUAGACUCGCAUUUUCAUGGGCACAGCUGCCUGGUGCAGUAGCACUUUGGGGAUUUAGAGGCAUAAAGAUGAUGCUCUAUAAUUAGGUAACAGGAAACAAGACUGUGGCCUUUCCCAGGGGUGGAGGUGAAACAGCAGUCGCUGGCCCUGACACCCUGCAGAGGAGCCACUGUAGGUACAAGAAAGCCACAAGGUCUGUCCUGCCACAGCUGCAGGCAGCCCAUUUUUCCCCUGUGCAGAAAAUCUCUGCAUACAAGGCCUUGUUCCCAGGACUGUGCCAGUGCAGAAGGUGAAACCCACACAUCCUCUCUUGCCAUCAGCAGCCUGGGGACAGGCACCAGUGCCCAGGCAAUGCUGCAGGUCUACAGCAAACACCCAUCAGACCCUUCAGCUAAGAGGGCUGAGAAGGAAUGAGGUUCUGCUUGGAACUGUUUCCCCACAUGUAGACAUUCCAGCAACCUACUGAUGCCUUUUAGGUGCAGACAGUGGCAAAAAGCCUUUGGCAACAAGAGUA